AGCGACAGUUCUCAGCUCACAGAUCUGAUGGCUAGCCUACAGAUACUGGUCCUAACCUGGUUUGGACUUUGUCUACGCUUCGUCUUGCCACAACGUGUGCCACCAAAUGGUUGCAGCAACAUCUUUCAGUACGAGUGGAUGAAAGAUCAUUGGAUUGGACGUAUAACACCCAAUUUGCCGGACUCCGAAUGGCACGAUGUUGACUGGACAGUGGAAUUUUGCUGGCAUGGCGUAGAUAAUUCAGGUACUGUAAGUAAUCUGGAGCCGUAUCCUACGACGGCUUUUCAGCGCAAGCAAGAUCUCGGAAGUGGCGAGGCUUUUGUGCACUUCGAUUACUUUGAAAAUGAGCUUCCAAAGAUUGUGCUCAUCGAAAUAAAUGGCCAAAAACUCUGCACAGUCAGCUCAUGUGAAGGGUCAUCAUCCCGUUCAACAGCAACUCGUCGGAUGCGAAUGGCUCUUGGGCCGAACGAAGGUUCGGCUGAAGCAACGGCAACAGCAUAUAGCGGGUUUUCGGUUCGAACUUUCGAGCCCCAAAUUGCGUCCAGACGUAACUGGGGAGAAAGUCGCGGCCCGAGAAUCCCAAAUUUCGGCGGGAAUAAUAAUCCUUUUCAUUUCACAAGUACCAGUAGGAAACCUUUCGUAAUCGUUGAAGCGCGUCAGAAUCCAGGAGCAGCGGAAUGUGGACUGGAGGGAUUAAGUGCCUUGCAGAUCGGAGGAGAGAACGUGACGAGAGGUCAGUAUCCUUGGAUGGCGGCGCUUUAUCACGACAUAAGUUUGGAUCCCAGAACGAUUGAGCUCGAUUAUAAAUGCGUCGCUACAUUGAUCUCUCGACGCACAGUGAUAACCGCGGCACAUUGCAUUUAUGGAAUAACUCCAGACCAGCUGAGAGUCUAUGUAGGACGUCACGAUGUGACGGUACAUCCGGAGAAGGAUGCCACGUUGAUGGCGGUAGAGAGUGUUAAGACGCAUCCGGACUUUGUGGGAGAUAUAUCUCCCGAUUCAGAUUUGGGUCUCUUGGUGCUUAAGGAGCAUGUGGAAUAUUCAACCUAUGUGCGUCCCAUCUGUCUGUGGAGCAGCAGCACCUCGCUGGACAUCGAAGACACUGAAAAGAUGGUCGUCGUCGGAUGGGGCAAUGAUGGAAAGAGCCCAGAGCCAACGAAACUACCGAUGAAAGUCGACGUGAGACCCGUCUCCAGCGAGGAGUGUCUACGGGAAAUGAUCACGGCCAGGGACUUCCUCACACCACGCACGCUCUGUGGCGGGAACAGUCAGGGACAUGGUCCUUGUCUAGGUGACUCGGGAGGAGGAUUGAUGGUGCUGCGGAACAGUCGUUGGAUGGUGCGGGGAAUCGUCUCGUUGGCUCAGCGAUCGGGGAAUUCAUGCGAUCUGUCGCGCUACGUCAUCUAUUGUGAUGUGUCUAAGCAUCUCGACUGGAUUGAGAGGAAUAUUGUUAGGUGAUGAGAAGGUCAGCAAACAGUUAACCAUAAGUUAGGAACAUGAACAUCGAACAGUCAAUUCACAUAUUUUCAAAAGCUGCCUGCUUACCUCAAAAACAGCAAAAAUUUAUAUCUCAUCGGUUUCUUUCUUCAGCGAAAACAUUUUCGGAGCACUUGUUUUAUUUUUCUAUUGAGUACAAUAAAUGUCUGGGCUGUAGCGAUUUAAAAUUAAUUAUGAGAUAUGUAUCUGUCAAAUGAGCAGAUAAUUAUAGUUGACAAAAAUUGAACAAAUAUUACUAUCAUAAGCAUUUGGUUAUAAUUUUUGAGAGCUGAUCUUAAAAAAAAAAAAAUAAAGUACUAUUUUCUGCAAACA